AAUAAAAACAAGAGGUGAAUCACGUGGCGGUAAAACGUUCGUUGCAUCAAAAACGCUGUCGUUUUUAAGUGUUUAGUGUUGUUGCCUGUGGCGUUGGAACCAAGCGUACAAAAAGUCUUGAAGCAGGGAAAGAAAAAAAUAUACGAGAGAGAGGCACACAAAAAGAGAGACAAAACCAAAACUUUGAAGCAAAGCAAAGCAAUUCAAUCAAAAACGAAUACGAAGAUCGUUGAAAGUUUCGUUUUUUUCCCGAAAUCUGAGCUUGGGUAUUGUUCGGAUAAGCUUCUCGGAGGUGAGAUUGAGAAAUUUUUGAUAGGGGAGGAGAUCGAAAGAUUUGGAUUUUUGGGCGGCAAAAUGGUGAUGCAGACGGAAGCUAGGGUUGGUGUGAGCUCAGGGCAUGGCGUAGCUUCGUCUUCUCAUCGUUUAACGCAGGACCAGAGAUCACAUAUCGAAUCGGCGUCUCAGCUCUUAGCUGGAGGACUCGCCGGUGCUUUUAGCAAGACCUGUACUGCUCCUCUCUCUCGUCUCACCAUUCUCUUCCAGGUGCAAGGUAUGCACACAAAUGCUGAAGCUUUAAGAAAGCCAAGCAUAUUACACGAGGCGUCACGGAUAUUGAAUGAAGAAGGAUUGAAGGCUUUUUGGAAAGGGAAUCUAGUUACUAUUGCUCACCGGCUUCCAUAUUCUUCUGUCAAUUUCUACGCAUAUGAACACUACAAGAAGUUCAUGUAUAUGGUUACUGGGAUGGAAAAUCACAAGGCGAGUAUAAGCUCAAACCUUUUUGUACAUUUUGUAGCCGGUGGUUUGGCUGGAAUCACAGCUGCUUCUGCCACUUAUCCGCUUGAUCUUGUUAGAACUCGUCUUGCUGCUCAGACAAAAGUAAUCUACUACACGGGUAUCUGGCAUACUCUGCGAACUAUUACUAGAGAUGAAGGUAUCUUGGGCCUCUACAAGGGACUAGGAACAACGCUUGUGGGUGUUGGGCCUAGUAUUGCCAUUAGCUUUUCUGUGUAUGAAUCAUUGAGAUCUUAUUGGAGGUCAACUAGGCCCCAUGAUUCCCCUGUCAUGGUCAGUCUAGCUUGUGGAAGUCUUUCAGGAAUAGCAUCUUCAACAGCUACGUUUCCAUUGGAUCUGGUGAGAAGAAGGAAGCAGCUAGAAGGAAUAGGCGGGCGAGCGGUAGUGUACAAGACAGGUUUGUUAGGCACAUUAAAGCGUAUAGUUCAGACGGAAGGAGCAAGAGGUUUGUACAGAGGAAUUCUUCCAGAGUACUACAAAGUGGUACCUGGUGUUGGGAUUUGCUUCAUGACCUAUGAGACACUCAAGCUUUACUUCAAAGAUCUUUCCUCAAAGCUAUAACGGUUUAAAAUGUUGAUAGAUUUUUAGGUUUAUUAUUUUUGGUGAGAGGAAAAAAAAACUGUAAACCAUACAGCGGAAAAUGAUAAAUGUAUACGAAAUGUAGAAUUAUAUGUAGUUGUUGGAUGUAGCUUAUACGAGAUUAACAUUUGUUACAAUCCUUUAAAAAUGGCUUAUAGGAAAUGUAGAAUUAUAUGUA